UUCUCCCUCCCGACUUUCUCCCUCCCGAGGCAGACAUGAGGUCGUUGCUAGCACUCUCCUUGAGCAAGAAGUUCCUCCUCCUCCUCCUCACGGCACUGCUCAUCUUCUCUGCCCUGCUCAGCACCGCCGCCAUUGCCAGAAGGGGCGGCCGCCCCUUCUCAUUCAUCCACAGCCAGCCCUCGGCCGAUCAAGACACGUCGCCGCCUUCGCCGCCUCCGCCGCAAGGACAAACACAAGAGAUACAAGAGUAUAAGUACUUUCAAGAGGCCGGCAGCAACGCCGAACUUAGCCGUAUGUCCCACCAUCGUACCGCCACCACUUGGUUCUUCCCCUUCCUUCUUUCUCCCUCGCUGCCCGCGUGCAUAUGUGCGUGCAUAUGUGCGGUGUGCCUAUUUAGGUUCCGCAAGCGGAAGAGGGCCGCCAUCCCUUAUACACCCCGUAUCUAACACCUCGUGCUGCUCACCCGUUUUGAGA